ACUCCGUCUGCCGGGAGGAAGUUUAGUAGCUGGCUCCAUGGAUAUUGUCAUCAGUUUUAUCUCGUCAUGCGAGCCUCACGGAGAGUCGCUGUCUCGCUUUCAACAGCCCGUUCCGGUGUAGGUCAUGGCCGAAGCCAACCUUGCGCAGCAACGUAACCUGCUAGCUCAAGCAGAGCAGAUUGCUCUCGAGUUUGAUCUCAGUCCUGAGCACGUCAGGCAGGUGACGAGUCAUUUCGUCCGCCAGUUGAGGGAUGGCCUUGCUAACCGCCGGGUCUGGCAGUUACCCUCCUACGUGAGAAACGUGUCCACAGGCAAGGAAAAGGGCCGGUUCCUCGCCGUUGAUCUCGGCGGUAGCAAUUGCAGGAUAUGCCUUGUCGACUUGCACGGCGACUCUACCUUUACCGUGACACAGAGCAAGCACAGCGUCCCGCCAACUGUCAUGGUUAACUGCAGCUAUCGGCCUCUUUUCGAUUGGCUUGCGCAGCGGAUAGCGGGAUUUCUCGAUGCGCAUCUGGAUCCUACCAGUCCGUCGCCGUACAGGCUGGGAUUUACGUUCAGUUUCACCUGCGAGCAGACGUCCCUCGCUGGCGGGCGUCUCAUACACUGGGACAAAGGCUGGGAUAUUCCUGAUGCAGUUGGCCGAGAUCCCUGCGUUAUGCUGCAAGAGGCUAUUGAUGAGCUGGGGUUGCCGGUUAUGGUGACCGUCCUCGCAAACGAUAGUGUUGGCACGCUCUUGACAAGAGCUUACAGCUCGGGUCAGCAGGCUUCGACACUCGGCGCGGUCAUCUUCGGGACGGGGACCAACGCCGCAUACGUCGAGAAGCUGUCUAAUGUGCAUCGACUGGGUGUCAAGGCAGGCGCGGACGACAUCAUGGUGAUGAAUACGGAAUGGGGCUGUCUGGACGAUAAGAUGGAAGUCUUACCGCGGACAUCCUUCGACGACGCCCUCGACGCAGCGUCGGUCGAUCCGGGCUCGCAGAUGUUCGAAAAGAGGGUUUCGGCCCUGUACCUUGGGGAGCUACUUCGGCUGGUAAUUGUUCAACUGCUGCAGACGGAUGCGCUUGACAUGAAGGUCGACAAGGCCUCAAAGGUCUUCCAGCCAGGCGGCGUCGAUUGUCCCUUUCUGUCGAGCCUUGCCUUGAUCGAUCCCGACGAUUUCGACGGCGCUAGCGUAUUUAUCCAGGCCACAUUGCAGGCGGAAAAUGUCAGUCAAGGCGAUGUCCAGGCUAUACGACUGCUAGCCACAUCGAUUGCGCGACGAGCAGCACGUCUAGCAGGCGCAUCCCUAGCAGCCAUCAUCAUCCAAAGUGGGCGCCUUGACAUUCGCAAUAAGUGCUCAGAGCAGACGACCCCAGUCCCUGCGAGCAGGACCGACCGCUUGCAGCACCCUGUGACUCUCCGCUGGCGCCGAUUGCUGGGCUGCAUUGGAAUGAGCUCGCAAGCCAGUAAACCGAUACCACGGCAUGCAGACCUCCAGACCCGUCUAGAUGAGGACAUUAUCGACAUCGGAGCGGACGGCGCGCUGAUCGAAUUCUACCCGGGCUUCGAGGCUGAAAUGCGUGGCGCAGUGCGGGAUGUAGCAGAGAUUGGAGAGGCUGGUGAGCGGAGGAUCCGCAUAGGUCUUGCAAAGGAUGGGUCCGGUGUUGGUGCUGCCUUGAUGGCGCAGGCAGCGAGUCAGUGUGAGUAGAAAAGUAGAAGAAAUAAAUUGAAUGCACUCGGAAACUAUAGAGCACAUCAGGUGUUAGGAUGAGCAAAUUCACGAUCUUAUAU